AAUACCAAACACCAACUUCCGAUUUCUCGCCGGCUGGACUAACAUGGCGGCGUAUAGCGACCACAACAACUAUUUUGUGAGAGAAAUUGAGAAACACGACGGCUCCGUCUUGAAGGUUAAUCAGUGUCAUAUGGGAGACGUUGGUUGCGUGGUUUGGGAUGCCGCCAUUGUUCUUGCUAAGUAUUUAGAGACGAAACUAUUUCACGAUCCAUCUUUAGGAGUUAACUUGUGGGCUGGUCGUAGAGUGGUAGAGUUAGGGGCAGGCACUGGGGUGGUGGGAUUGAUGGCAGCAACGCUCGGCGCUCAUGUUAGUGUGACAGAUCUGGAGGAUCUACAGAGCCUCCUGAAUAUCAACAUCCAAGACAACCACACACUCAUCCAUAAUGGAUCCAUCACUGCCAAGGUACUAAAAUGGGGUGAAGAUGUAUCUGAUUUCCUGCCAUUCCCUGACUAUGUCCUUCUGGCAGAUUGCAUUUAUUACGAGCAGUCGAUUGCUCCAUUGACAGAGACCUUGAAACAGCUUGCUGGACCAGAGACCUGCAUCAUCUGUUGCUACGAGCAACGCACUGAGGGCAUCAACCCAAAAGUGGAAAGGCAGUUUUUUGAGUUGCUGCAACAAAGUUUCCAUUGGGAAGAAAUCCCUUUGAGCAAACAAGACCAAGAGUUUAGUAGUCCAGACAUCCACAUUCUGCACAUCCAAAAAAAUCAAAGAUUGUAAGAUGACAUUUGUGUAUGAAUGGAAAAAUCAAGUAGAUUUCAGUAAAUAGGUAAUUAUUUGGGGGCUGUGUUUAACAUAUUUUUUAAUUAUCUGCAAGAUAAUAAUAAUAAAUAAGUGGGUAUAGGUUGAUUGGCAACACUAAAAAUUGUCCCUACUGUGUGAAUGUGAGUGUGAAUACUGUUCGUCUAUCUGUGUUGGCCCUGUGAUGAGGUGGCGACUUGUCCAGGGUGUACACCGCCUUCCGCCGGAAUGCAGCUGAGAUAGGCUCCAGCAACCCCCGCGACCUCGAAACGGACAAACGGUAAAAAAUGGAUGGAUGGAAGUCGAGAGUGAUUUCCAUUACAGUCAAAGCAUUGCCUAGUUUGAACACAUGGGGGUGCUAAAGGCCACACAUACAAAGUGGUAUGUUUUAAUUAUUUGAAUGCUUGCAUUAAAUUACUAUUUUAUAAGUCAGAAA